AUGAGGGCUUUCGUUUUGUGGAGCUUGUUGUUUUUGGUCAUUUUUGGGGUGGCUUCUCCGACUGAUGCCCAAACUGAUGCCCCAUCCGAAGCCUCAACUGCGGCUCCAACUGAGGCCACAACUGAGGCUCUAACUGAAGCUCCAACUUCGGCCCCAACUGAGCCUUCAACUGAAGCCCAAACUGCGGCCCCAACUGAGGCUACAACUGAAGAUCCAACUACGGUCACAACUCCGGCCCCAACUACGGUCACAACUCCUGCCCCAACUACGGUCACAACUCCGGCCCCAACUACGGUCACAACUCCGGCCCCAACUACGGUCACAACUCCGGCCCCAACUACGGACACAACUCCUGCCCCAACUACGGUCACAACUCCGGCCCCAACUACGGUCACAACUCCGGCCCCAACUACGGUCACAACUCCGGCCCCAACUACGGCCACAACUAAGGCCACAACUAAGGCCACAACUAAGGCCCCAACUAAGGACACAGCUCAGGCCACAACUAAGGCCACAACUAAGGCCACAACUAAGGCCACAACUAAGGCUCCAACUGAAGACCUGCGUAAGGAAAAUGCCAAGAAAAAGAGAGAUCAAGCAGCCAGAAGAGCGGCCAGGAGAGCGGCCAGGGCAGCCAGGAAAGAAAAAAGGGACGAGGAAAAGGAAGCCAAGAAAAGGGAUGCCAAGGAAAAGCAGCUAGGGAACGAUCAUACAGGGAAAGGGCAGAAAGGAAAAAGACAUCUAUGA